CAUUUCCUUACCUGCUCUUUUUUAGCGGAGGGUAAAAUCGAGGAAGCAAUAAAGGAUGGUUUCUUGGCGCUCGAUGAAAAGAUGCGUGGGGACGAUGAGUUACGUGACGAUAUGUCGGGUACUACAGCUGUUAUCGUGCUGAUCAAGGAUCAGAAAAUUUAUUGUGGUAAUGUUGGCGAUUCGAGAGCAGUUGCCAGUGUUUGUGGCACAGCGUUACCGCUCAGUUUUGAUCAUAAGCCAGCGAAUGAGAACGAAGCGAGGCGGAUCAUUGCAGCCGGUGGCUGGGUAGAAUUUAAUCGUGUCAAUGGUAACCUAGCACUAUCGCGGGCGCUCGGCGACUUUGCAUUCAAAAAGAAUGAUCAGAAGCCUCCCGAGGAGCAGAUCGUCACUGCGUGUCCCGAUGUUAUUGUGCGUGAUUUGACGUAUAAUCACGAGUUCAUCAUACUGGCUUGUGAUGGUAUAUGGGAUGUGAUGUCGAAUCAGGAAGUGGUGGAGUUUUGCAGGGAUCGACUGGCUGCGGGUCGUGAACCUGAAGCGUUUUGGAUUGGUGGAGUUUGA